GACUCUCCUGCUGCCUUCAGAGCCAUGAGCCGGGCGCUUAUGGACCAUAUCACCAGUAGUUUCCGCGAAGAUGCCCCUAGACCCCCGGUGCCUGGGGAGGAGGGCGAGGCGCCCUGCUACCCCGGCAAGUCUGCAAUGAUGAAACCCCUGGAAUCCCCCAAAUCACUUCUGCUCGACUCUCCGGGCUCCUCGGCGAGGAGGAACGAGGAUGGUCUUGGGGAGCCAGAGGGGAGUGCCUCCCCGGAUUCACCGCUUUCCCGGUGGACAAAGUCUUUACACUCUCUCCUCGGGGAUCAGGACGGUGCUCUUCUUUUUAGGUUAUUCCUGGACCGAGAGAAAUGCGUUGAUACUUUGGACUUUUGGUUCGCCUGCAACGGCUUCAGGCAGAUGGACUUAAAGGAUACCAAAACGCAGAGAGUCGCCAAAGCUAUUUACAAGCGCUACAUCGAAAACAACAGCAUUGUUGCCAAACAGCUGAAGCCCGCCACUAAAACGUUCAUUAGGGAUAAUAUCAAGAAGCAGCACAUUGACUCUGCAAUGUUCGACCAGGCACAGACGGAGAUCCAAACCAACAUGGAGGAGAACGCAUACCAAAUGUUUCUGACCUCUGACAUUUACCUCGAGUAUGUGAGGACUGGAGGAGAAAACCCGAGUCACGUCAACUCCAGUGCUUUGGGCAACCUGAAAGUUGUUUGUGGAUACCUGCCCACGCUCAACGAAGAGGAGGAGUGGAGUUGUGAUUUCAAAGCCAAAGCGCUGGUUGGACUGGUCAAGGGGCAGAGAGCCCCCUUGCCAGUGAGAGCUGUGGAGGUGAUGGACAGGGGAUACAGAUCAUACAAAAGAGGAGAUUCACUCAACCCUUGCCAUGUAGGCUCUUUUGCCCCCGUCAGCAGCACCAAUGACAGCGAGGUUUCCAGUGAUGCCUUGACUGACGAUGCCAUGUCCGUUACUGAUAGCAGUGUAGAUGGCAUCCCUCCGUAUAAACUGGGCUCCAAGAAACAGCUACAGAGAGAGAUGCAACGCAACAUGAGGAUGAACAGCCAAGUCUCUUUGCCUGCUUUCCCUCGCACUCACCGUCCUCCUAAGGAGAUGGUCCCAAUGAAACCAGCGGAGUUUGCAGCCCAGCUGAUUUCCCGUCUGGAAAACCUGAAGAGGGAACAGGACACCAUCAGUUCUCUGGAGGAGAGGCUGCAGCAGAUUCAGGAGGAAGAAGAAAGAGAAGACACAGAGAUCGUUGGAAGUGCCCCUCAGCUCUCCCCACAUCCUUUGACCCUUCUCCCCGGCUCCUCUGACGAAGAUCCACAGGCCAUCCUGGAUGAACACCUUUCUCGAGUCCUGAAAACCCCCGGCUGCCAGUCCCCAACCGUGAUCCGACACUCUCCUCGCUCCAGCUCCCCGGAGCACCAGCCAUUCACCUGCGCAGGCUUUGGAAUCAAAGCCCUUGUGAGGAAUGGGCCUUCCAGUUCUUCUGUCUCAAGUCCCGAUCAGGGGGCACUCACUCUGGCAUUGGGUCCGAGCAGGACCCUCAUAAGCAGACAGAGCACAAAACACAUCCACCACCACUAUAUCCACCAUCACGCCAGUCCAAAGUCUAAAGAGCAGAUCGAAAGGGAAGCGGCUCUCAGAGUGCACGGCAUGUGCUCCAGCAGCAGCGAGUACCAGCCCUGUCAGCCAAACCAGCGCAGCCGCAGCCUGGGCAGAGAGAUGUGUGGGGCCAUCUCAACAGACAGUCACAUGGGGCGUUCCAGCUCUCUCUCGAGGCGUGUGUGUCGCUCAGGGGCUGAGGAUGGAGUAGCAGAGAGGUGUGUGGAGGACUGUGCAGCUUUACAGCUUCCCAGUGACACAACAGACCCCACCCAGAAUGUGUUGCAGUGGAUCCUGGAAAGUAAACGACAGGGCAGGCACAAGCCUCACAGUACACAAAGCACCAAAAAAUCUUUUGGAGGUUCAUCGACUCAGACACACACAUGGGGCGGCGGCGGAAGCUGUGGCCACUUACGCAGCCACCAGCCAGCUCAGCCAUUCAUCCAAGACCCUGCUAUGCCUCCGCUGCCCCCUCCCAACACUUUGGCCCAGCUGGAAGAGGCCUGCCGCAGACUGGAGGAGGUAUCCACCAAACCCAUCAAACAAAGGCAUUCUUUGUCCAGUUUUCAGCGAGAGAAGACCAACCAAGUGUCUGUCCAGGGUGGGGGGUCCGUCCCUCUGUCUCUAGCCAGUGGCGGCUCUGUCAGCCUUGUAACUAGCCCCAGUCUCCAAUCAGAAGAGUGUAAAAAGGGUUUGGGAAGCCUUGCGGGGUGCAGUGGGGAGACUGUGGUGACGUAUUUCUUCUGCGGUGAGGAGAUUCCUUAUCGAAGGACCAUGAAGAGCCACAGUCUCACAUUGGGCCACUUCAAAGAGCAGCUCCGCAAAAAGGGCAACUACAGGUACUACUUUAAGAAGGCCAGCGACGAGUUUGAGUGCGGCGCAGUGUUCGAGGAGGUGUCUGAUGACGGCUCCUUGCUGCCCACAUACGAAGGCAAGAUCCUUGGGAAGGUGGAGAGGAUGGAGUGACUUCAUGCUGCAAGUGUUGUGGAAUACACUCCUACCAACGCCUCACUCUUUUACUAAUAGACUGUCGAUCUUGAGAUGAUGAAGGAAAGCUGAUGUUUCGUCAGGUGGACUAGAUGAAAGAUGGAAAAUAGGACAGUACAUCAACAUUACUGGACUUACAAGUGACCAGCUACCCUGAAGUGAAGAGAAUGUGGACUGUGAGUUGCUGGACUCUAGCUUUUCCAGUAGAGAAAUCUGCAGAGACUUUAGGUGAAUGACCACUUGUUGAAGAAGCAGGGCGGUGGCUUUAAUCUGAGACUGAGAGCCUACCCUGACCCCUGCCUGUGCCAGUGUCUGCCCAUGGGCACUUGCUAGCACAUUACUAGUAUGUAUAUGCACAUAUACAUGUACAUUGCAUUGUAUUGUGAUGCUCAUAUUGCUGUGUAAAGAUUUAUAUUGCUAUUUAUUGGAAACAUCCCAGCCCCAGAUCCUAUUCUUCUUCCAUGGACAAGCUGCUUGGAGUUGGAGAAGCUUCUCCAAUUUUCCACAUCCAAGAUUUCUCCCUUCAGAGCGUCGUCCUCACGGA